AGAGGAAACUGUCAAAGAGGUUCUGCAGAGAGGGAUUCAGCUAGAUUUACUUUCGGAGUAAUGGCGGAGCACGUAGAUGGAGAAAGCACUGCAUCUAGCGACAACAGAAUGGCGCUGCAGCAAGUCUUACGUUUUCGUAGCCCUGCUCCUCCACCCACCACAGUGAUGCGAGGUCCUCCACCACUCCUACGGCCCCCACCACCUCCAUUUGCUAUGAUGAGGGGACCGCCACCACCCCCAAGACCUCCUUUUGGACGUCCACCUUUUGAUCCUAGUAUUCCACCUAUCCCACCACCUGGUGCCAUGCCCCCACCAAUUGGAUCUCCACAUUUGCAGAGGCCACCCUUCAUGCCACCUCCCAUAGCCAACAUGCCUCCCCCUCCUGGCAUGAUCUUCCCACCUGGAAUGCCCCCGGUGCCAGCAGCAGGGGCUCCUGGAAGCCUGACCACUGAGGAGAUAUGGGUGGAGAACACCACCCCUGAGGGAAAGGUCUACUACUAUAACGCCAGAACUCGUGAAUCAGCCUGGACCAAACCAGAAGGAGUAAAGAUUAUCCAGCAGUCUGAACUCAAUCCUAUGAUGAGUGCUCAGGCAGGCACUGCAGCAGCAUCUGCAGCCACAUCCACCAGCAGCACAGCCUCCACUGCAGCCAAUACAACAGCCACAGUGGCAUCUUCCCUGGGCUCCACCCAGCCUGACUCCCCCACUCACACCCUCAGUGCCAGCCCCAAACCCAGCACUAGUCCUGUCCCUACUGUGCCCCAGCCUGUGGCCUCUCCAGCAGUAUCAGAGAUGCCCCCAGUGGCAUCCACUCCUCCUGCAAACGUGGGCGUAGCUUCUGUUGCCGUGGUCAGUGUUCCGACAGUCACAGCUACAGUUACAGCUGUGCAGACAGUGCCAUUACUUCACCAGAGCCUCCCGCCAGGACUGCCUCAUGCUGUGGCCCAGCCACCUGCUGCAAUCCCAGCCUUCCCCCCAGUCAUGGUGCCUCCAUUCAGAGCGCCUCUACCUGGCAUGCACAUCCCCUUGCCAGGUAUGUUGCCAGGCAUGGCCCCUCCUUUAGUACCCAUGAUGCACCCACAACUGGCCAUCACAGCUGCCCCUGCCGCUUUGGCUGGCGCCCUCCCUCUCCCGGAAUGGUCUGAGUAUAAAACUGUGGAUGGCAAGACCUACUAUUAUAAUAGCCGCACUCAAGAAUCCAUCUGGGACAAACCUGCUGAGCUAAAGGAGAAAGAUAAGGAUGUGGACAAGGGAAAAGAUGCCCAGUCUGCCAGUGACUGUGAGGCUAUGGAAAUUGGUGAUGUGGAUCUUAAAGUUGAAGCAUCCAUUUUGGCCAAAGAGGCACCAAAGGAGGAAGAAAUGACCGAAGAGGAAAAAGCAGCCCAGAAGGCCAAACCAGUGGCAACCAACCCCAUUCCUGGGACACCCUGGUGUGUGGUAUGGACUGGGGAUGACCGUGUGUUCUUCUACAAUCCCACAACACGACAGUCCAUGUGGGAUCGGCCAGAUGAGUUGGUCGGACGGGCAGAUGUGGAUAAAUACAUCCAAGAACCUCCACACAAGAGGGGUCUAGAUGACGCCAAGAAAACAGUCAUAGGCAUUGGCAAAGAGGAGCUUGAAGCAGCCACAGAAGAAGUACCAGAAGAUGAGCCUUCUAAGGCUAAGAAGAGGAAAAAGGAGGAGGUGAAGGAAGCUGAUGCUGAAAAAGAGGCCGCCGUGGAGGCCGAGCUGAAGGCGGCUCGGGAUCGGGCUGUGGUACCCCUGGAGGCCCGCCUCAAUCAGUUCAAGGACAUGCUGCUGGAGAGAGGGGUUUCAGCCUUUUCCACAUGGGACAAAGAGUUGCACAAGAUCGUAUUUGAUCCAAGAUAUCUACUGCUCAACCCCAAAGAGAGGAAGCAGGUGUUUGAUCAGUAUGUGAAGACUCGUGCUGAAGAAGAGAGGAAAGAGAAGAAGAACAAACUCAUGCAGGCUAAAGACGACUUUAGGAGGAUGAUGGAAGAUGCCAAACUUAACCUUAGGACCACAUUCAGUGAGUUUGCCUCGAAGCAUGCAAGGGACCCUCGUUUCAAGGCCAUUGACAAGAUGAAGGACAGAGAGGCUAUGUUCACGGAGUUCAUGACUGCCCUCAGGAAGAAAGACAAAGAAGAUUCCAAAACCAAAGGAGAAAAGGUGAAGCAGGAUUUCUUCGAUUUGUUAUCGGACCACCAUGUGGACAUACAGCAGCGCUGGAGCAAAGUUAAAGACAAGUUGGAGACAGAUCAGCGCUACAAAGCUGUGGAGAGCUCUGCAGCUAGAGAGGAGCUCUACAGACAGUAUGUGGAAAAGCAGGCUAAAAAUGUCGAUGCAGAGAAAGAGAAGGAGCUGGAGCGGCAGGCACGUAUUGAGGCCAGUCUGCGGGAGAGAGAGCGCGAGGUGCAGAGAGCGCGAUCCGAGCAGACUAAGGAGAUCGACCGAGAGAGAGAGCAACACAAGCGUGAAGAGGCCAUCCAGAACUUCAAAGCUCUCAUGUCUGAUAUGGUGAGAUCGACAGAUGCCUCCUGGUCAGAUACAAGGCGCAAUCUACGGAAGGAUCAUCGCUGGGAGUCAGCUUCUCUGUUGGAACGACAUGAGAAAGAGAAAUUGUUCGAGGAGCAUGUCGAAGCACUCACCAAAAGGAAAAAAGAGCAGUUCAGGCAGUUGCUGGAUGAGACCACCAUGAUCACACUGACCACCACGUGGAAGGAGGUGAAGAAGAUCAUUAAAGAUGAUCCUCGCUGCAUAAAGUUCUCCAGCAGCGAUCGGAAAAGACAGCGGGAGUUUGAGGACUACAUAAAGGACAAAUACAUCACUGCCAAAGCUGACUUUAGAACUCUUUUAAAAGAGACAAAGUUCAUCACAUACAGAUCCCGAAAGCUGAUCCAGGAGUCAGACCAGCACUUGAAGGACAUUGAGAAGAUCCUACAGAAUGACAAACGAUACCUGGUCCUUGAAUGUGUCCCUGAAGAACGCAGAAAACUCACCAUGUUCUACAUUGAGGAUCUUGACCGUCGAGGACCCCCACCUCCCCCAACAGCAUCAGAACCUACCCGGCGCUCCACAAAGUGAGCUUCACCAGACCUCCUGUGGACUGAGCAUGAGUCUGCCCUGCAUUUAGCAGAGUAUAGUGUUAAUAAUGACCCUUGGUUACCCGGAACAUCUGUGUAUUUAUUCAAACCAUGUAAACCUACUGCCUGCUAGUUGAGAGGUUAUUGGCUAGAGCAAGGCCAUAUGUUAAUGCUGGUCUAUGAUCUUUGGCUGUAAGGCAGGGUCAGUUGAAUUCAAGUGAAUGCAUCUGUAGAUAUGUCAUGACUGGUACUGCGGGCCUCCUCUGUUUUGACCCAGAAUG